CGUUAACCUAAAAUAAAAAACGUCUAUAUAAAUAUCUCUGUCUCUCCCUCUCUCACAACUCCAAAACCCUAAACCCUAACCAUUUCUUCAAACCCACCGGCCGCCGCAGUCCCGCCCACCAUGUCACAAUCGAUGGCGCUCUCUUCAUCCUUAUCAGAAGGCAAGAAGAAGAAGAAACACACCAACAAACAUGGCGAAGAAGAACAACAACAAACGGAGGAGCAACAAAACAACAAAGAUUUCAUGAUCAAACCAGAAAAAAUAUCACCAACAAUUGACACAUCAAAUUGGCCAAUCCUUUUGAAAAACUACGACCGUCUCAAUGUCCGUACCGGUCACUACACACCUCUUCCCGCCGGUCACUCACCGUUGAAGCGGCCACUUGCUGAUUAUCUCAAAUACGGUGUUCUCAACCUUGACAAGCCUGCAAAUCCAUCUUCUCAUGAAGUUGUUGCUUGGAUAAAGCGGAUUCUUCGUGUCGAGAAAACCGGUCACAGUGGUACAUUGGAUCCUAAAGUUACUGGUAAUUUGAUUGUUUGUAUUGACAGAGCAACAAGACUUGUUAAAUCUCAACAAGGUGCUGGAAAAGAGUAUGUUUGUAUUGCUCGGCUUCAUUCUGCUGUUCCUGAUGUUUCUAAGGUAGCUCGUGCUCUUGAAACAUUAACUGGUGCUGUUUUUCAAAGACCACCUUUGAUUUCUGCUGUUAAAAGACAACUUAGGAUUAGAACUAUUUAUGAAAGUAAAAUGCUUGAAUAUGAUGCUGAAAGACAUUUAGUUGUUUUUUGGAUUUCGUGUGAGGCGGGUACUUAUGUUAGGACUAUGUGUGUUCAUUUGGGUUUAAUUCUUGGUGUUGGUGCUCAUAUGCAAGAGCUUAGGAGGGUUAGGUCAGGGAUUAUGGGUGAGAAAGAUAAUAUGGUUUCUAUGCAUGAUGUUAUGGAUGCUCAAUGGGUUUAUGAUAAUUAUCGCGAUGAGACUUAUUUGAGGAGGGUUGUUAUGCCUUUAGAGGUACUUUUGACUAGUUAUAAGAGAUUAGUUGUUAAGGAUUCGGCUGUUAAUGCUAUUUGUUAUGGUGCUAAGUUGAUGAUUCCGGGGUUACUUAGGUUUGAGAAUGAUAUUGAAGCUGGUGAGGAGGUUGUGCUUAUGACUACUAAGGGCGAAGCUAUUGCUCUUGGUAUUGCUGAGAUGACUACUGCUGUUAUGGCUACUUGUGAUCAUGGUGUUGUUGCUAAGAUCAAGAGGGUGGUUAUGGAUAGGGAUACUUAUCCGAGGAAAUGGGGUUUGGGUCCUAGGGCUUCUAUGAAGAAGAAGCUGAUUGCUUCAGGGAAGUUGGAUAAGCAUGGGAAGCCAAAUGAGAGUACUCCUCAAGAGUGGUUGAGGAAUGUUGUUUUGCCUGCCGGUGGGGAUAGUGUUAUUGCAGGAAUGGCGGCUGCUACUGAAGAUGCGAAGAAAGAGGUUGCCGAUGUGGAUGUUAAGAAGGAUGGUGAUGGUGAAGGGCGUAAAAGAAAGAAACAUGAAUCUGCCGAUAGCCCUGCUCCUGCUACUAAGAAGUCUAAAGUUGAUGAUGAAGAAAAGGUGAAGACCAAGAAAGUAGAUGAUGCGGCGGUGGAGGUUGAAGGUGAGAAGACAGAAAAGAAGAAGAAAAAGAAGAAGGAUAAAGAGAAUGGAGAUGUGGCAGCUUCUGAUGAGGAUAAGGCUGAAAAGGAGAAGAAAAAGAAGCACAAGGUAAAGGAUGAAGUUGGUUCUCUUGAAGUGGACAAGUCUGAGAAGAAGAAAAAGAAGCAAAAGGAAAAGAGCGAAGACGGUUCCCCUGAAGUGGACAAAUCUGAGAAGAAAAAAAAGAAGAAAGACAAAGAAGCCAAAGAUAAUGCUGCAGAGAUAAGUAAUGGAAACGACGAGAGCAAAGCUGAAAAGAGUGAAAAGAAGCACAAGAAAAAGAAAAACAAAGAUGCCCAAGAAGAAUAAAUGAUUUUGUGUUUUGGUUUAAUCAACUAGACUUGUAAUGCUUUAGUUUUUUGUUUUUUAUUAUUUAAAAGUUUGAUACUUCUUUUGUGCCUUUUCUACCCCCUCUAAAUUAUCAUGUUUUUGGUACCUUUGUAAUAUGUGAUAUUUUAUGAAAGACCUUUGCUUAAAGAUUGUUCUAGUAGUUUGUUAGCUUUUGAUCAUUUGGCCUCAUUCUGUUAUGUAAGAACUUUAUUGGGUUACUGACUAAUAGAAAUCUUUACAGAGGUUCAGCA